GAAGUAUAGUUACAAAAGGCACUAGUCUUUCUGUGUUUAAUUAACCGAAGGUUUCUUGUGUGUGUGUGUGUGUGUGUGUUUGAGUUGUGUGUAAAAAAAUUAUGCCAUUUGUUGCUUGCUCAACACUUGUACAAAGCUAAGCUAGUUUUGUUUAGAGGUUUUUUUAAUGAAUGAAACCUCUCCACUAAUCUCCGUCGUCCCCGAUUUAAUAUCGGAAAUUCGACAAUGACGAAACUGCCCCCCGUCGUUCUGCCGCUCACCCCCCUCGAAAACAAUAGAAAUCCUACUAGUUCUAGUUCUAGUGUCCCACACAAGGGAGUUCUUGGCAUCAAAACAGAGUCAAAUUAUGAUCAAUUGACCUCUAGUGAUAACUUGACAACUCUCACUAAUUCGGAGCCAAUCACUCUUAAUUUCGAGGAUAAUAAUAGUGUUAUUCCUCGUAACAUCGACGAGUCCGAGUUAGGUAAAGAUGUGACUGUCGAAGAAUCCGACAAGACAUUGUCGGAUUCCCUUAUUGAGGUUUCUCAAGAAAUAACGACUAAUAAACGAAAGCUUCCUUCGAACUAUGUACCUCUAUGGGGCUUGACGUCUAUUUGUGGACGGAGGAAAGAAAUGGAAGAUUCCGUUGUGGCUUUGCCGAGAUUCUUGAAGAUUCCUUCUUCCAUGUUGGACGACGGCCCACAUUCUAGUUCCGCUCGUAAAGAUUCGAUCGCCCAUGUGUUUGGAGUUUAUGAUGGACAUGGUGGUUGCCAGGUGGCUAACUAUUGCCAAGACCGACUCCAUCUAGUUUUAGCCGAAGAGAUUGGCAUUGCUAAAGAAAAUUGGCUUAAUGAAACCGAAGGAUGUAACUCCGAGGAACAAUGGAUGAGGAUCUUUCUGAGAUGCUUCAAUAAAUUGGACAACGAAGUUGGUGGAUUCCCCGUUAUUGCUUCCGAAAUUCCGGGGCCACCUAUUGCACCCGACUCUGUGGGGUCCACUGCAGUGGUUGCCGUUGUUUGUUCGACCCAUAUAAUAAUUGCUAAUUGCGGUGAUUCACGAGCUGUCCUAUACCGUGGGAAAGUUCCGAUUCCUUUGACCAUUGACCAUAAAGUAAGAAUCGAGGUUGUCUUGUGCGUGCAUUUGUUUUCGAAUAUUUUUAUUAAAAAAAAAGGUAUUUUUUUGAAGCCAAAUAGCGAAGAUGAAUGCGCGAGAAUAGAAGCUGCGGGAGGAAAGGUGAUUAAAUGGGAUGGAUAUCGUGUUUCGGGAUUCCUAGCCGUGUCGAGGUCCAUCGGUGAUAGAUACUUGAGGCCGUAUGUAAUUGCGGACCCACAAGUGAUGUUGGUUCGUCGGGCGAGAGAAGACGAGUGCCUUAUUCUAGCGAGCGAUGGUUUGUGGGAUGUGAUGACCAACCAAGAGGCUUGUGAGCUGGCGCGGUGGCGGAUGCUGAUGUGGCACAAAAGGAACGGCGGCGGUGAUGUGGCGGGAGAAAGAGGGAACGGGGUUGAUCCGGCAGCACAAGAUGCAGCGGAUUGCCUUUCGCGACUUGCUUUCCAAAGAGGGAGUGGGGAUAAUAUCUCAGUGGUGGUGGUUGAUCUUAAAUCUCAAAGGAAGUUCAAAUAAUCGAGUUCGUU